ACUAUCUGCUUGAUCUGAGAUUCUUAUGUUAGGAAUGGAGUCUACUAGGUUCCUUUUAAAUGGCACGGGUGGCUCUAUCUAUUUUGAAUUUGACUUGAAUGAAAGCAACUUUGGAAAGAGCUGGAACAACACCAAUGGCUAUGAAUUGGACUGGAAUGAAAGCAACUAUGGAGAGAGCUUGAACGACGCCAGUGACUAUGUACCAUGCUUUAAACCCUUAAAGAAUGAAUCACUUGUUACACUUGUACACUUUCAGAGAUAUUUUAUCCCUCUGGUUUAUACACUGGUUUUUAUUUUGGGUUCUAUGGGCAAUAGCCUUGUGCUUCUUAUCCUCAUAAAGUUUCGCCGCAAUCGUUCUACUACGGAGAACUUUUUGCUUCACUUGGCCUUGGCAGAUCUUCUCAUGCUACUGACUUUUCCAUUUGCUAUAACAGAGUCUGUGGCAGGCUGGGUAUUUGGCAGCUUCCUCUGUAAGCUUGUAGGAGUCAUCAGCCGUGUCAACUAUAUGUGCAGCAGCCUCCUCCUUGGGUGCAUCAGUGUGGAUCGUUACAUAUCCAUCAUCCAUGCCAUUCAUACCUUUAGAAGUCGGCGUUUGGUUGCUGUUCACCUCCCUUGCUUUGGGGUGUGGGCCUUGUGUUUCCUACUGUCAAUGCCAAAUCUGUUUGUUUUGGGAAUACAGGAGAAUGGAAAUGUAGUAACAUGUACAUAUCACCAAAACCACUUCCCCAGCAAUAGAUGGUGGCAGACAGGUAGAUUUCUCAAUCACAUUGUGGGUUUCCUGCUCCCACUAAUGAUUAUGGGAUUUUGUUACGCCCAUAUAGUGGCUGCUCUCUGUCGGUCUUCACGAUUGGAGAAGAAAAAGGCUGUAAGGCUGGCCAUAGUGGUCACUGGAGUCUUUUUCUUAUGCUGGACCCCCUACAAUGUGACAGUGUUUAUUGACACUAUGGAUCAGCUGGGAUUGGUGCAGAAUUGCAAAAUACAGAAGGAGCUUCCAAUUGCAAUCAUUGUCACAGAGUUCCUGGGUUAUAUACAUUGUUGUCUCAAUCCUAUUCUCUAUGCAUUUGUGGGGGUUAAGUUUAGGAAUGAGGCCCUGCGAAUCCUGCGCAAAGCUGGCUGUUUGCGAUCGCUGAUGUCAGAAGUCACAUUCAAUUUUGACAGAAAGAGUAGUGCCACUGACUCUGAAAAUGGUACCGUCAUGUCUAGCUUCUAGCUUUCCAAGUGAAAUAGUAAAUGGAAAGUCUUUAAUGGGGAGCUAUCACGAAAAUGAAAAUUUUAUUUAAGCUUCCUUGUACUGAAGUUAGAAAUUUUCUAAAUGCAAUCAAUUAAAUAUUCUGCAUCAUUUCUGAAAUAAUCAAGUAUAUAUUCAUUAUCGCUCUCUCAACAUUCUGUCUUUGUGCAGCAGGUGGGUGUCAGAUAUUCAUUGACAGUUAGAUCCAAUAUAUCUUAUAGGGGGGCUUAUUUUUCUAGCAGAU